AUGCUGCUCAGGGGCGUCCUCCUGGGAGUGCAAGCCCUGCAGCUUGCCGGUGCCCUGGACCUGCCCGCGGGGUCCUGCACCUUCGAGGAGAGCACCUGCGGCUUUGAAUCGGUGUUCGAGUUCCUGCCGUGGAUUUUAAAUGAGGAAGGACAUUAUAUUUAUGUGGACACCUCCUUUGCCAAGGAAGGGGAGAAAGCCGUGCUGCUGAGUCCUGAUCUGCAGGCUGAAGAAUGGAGCUGCCUCCGAUUGGUCUACCAGAUAAGCACAUCUUCAGGGUCUCAGUCAGAUCCCAGCCGGCUGAACCUCUACAUGAGAUUUGAAGAUGAAAACUUUGACCGCUUGCUUUGGUCAGCCAAGGAGCCUUCGGACAGCUGGCUCAUAGUCAGCUUGGAUUUGCAAAACAGUUCCAAAAAAUUCAAGAUUUUAAUAGAAGGUGUGCUAGGACAUGGAAAUACAACCAGCAUCGCAGUCUUUGAAAUCAAGAUGACAACUGGCUACUGUAUUGAAUGUGACUUUGAAGCAAACCAUCUCUGUGGCUUUGUGAACCACUGGAACCCCAACGUGAACUGGUUUGUUGGAGGAGGAAAUGUUCGGAGCUCCCACUCUAUCCUCCCACAGGAUCACACCUUCAAGACUGAACUGGGCCAUUACAUGUACGUGGACUCUAUGUAUGUCAAGCACUUCCAGGAGGUGGCCCAGCUCAUCUCCCCGAUGACCACAGCCCCCAUGUCUGGCUGCCUGUCAUUUUAUUACCAACUCCAGCAGGGGAAUGACAACAUCUUCUCUGUGUACACGAGGGAUGCAGCUGGCCUGUAUGAGGAGAUCUGGAAAGUGGGCGAUCCAGGGGCUGCUGGCUGGAACCUUGCUGAGGUGGAGUUCAGUGCCCCGUAUCCCAUGCAGGUUAUUUUUGAAGUUGCCUUCAAUGGUCCCAAAGGAGGAUAUGUGGCCCUGGAUGAUAUUUCUUUCUCUCCUGUUCACUGCCAAAAUCAGACAGAGCAUCCUUUUAGUGCCCUAGAAGCAAGCUGCAAUUUUGAGGAAGACCUCUGCAACUUUUACCAAGACAAAGAGGGUUCAGGCUGGACCCGAGUGAAAGUAAAACCAAACAUGUUUCAGGCAGGAGACCACACUUCAGGCCUAGGGUAUUUCUUGCUGGCCAACACAAAAUUUACAUCACAGCCUGGCUACAUUGGAAGGCUCUACGGUCCCUCCCUGCCAGGAAACCUGCAGUAUUGUUUGCGUUUUUAUUAUGCCAUCCAAGGAUUUUUUAAAAUGAGUGACACCCUAGCAGUUUAUAUCUUUGAAGAGAACCAUGUGGUUCAAGACAAGAUCUGGUCUGUCCUGGAGUCCCCAAGAGGCAUUUGGAUGCAAGCUGAAAUCACCUUUAAAAAGCCCAUGCGUACCAAGGUGGUUUUCAUGAGCCUAUGCAAAAGUUUGUGGGACUGUGGUCUAGUAGCCUUGGAUGACAUUACAAUAGAGUUGGGAAGCUGCUUGUCUCCAGAGAAGCUCCUGCCUCCACCAGGAGAGUGUACUUUUGAACAAGAUGAAUGUAUAUUUACUCAGGAGAGAAGAAAUCGGAGCAGCUGGCAAAGGAGGAGGGGAGAAACUCCCACCUCCUACACCGGACCAAAGGGAGAUCACACUACUGGGGUAGGCUACUACAUGUACAUCGAGGCUUCCCACUUGGUAUAUGGACAAAAAGUGCGCCUCUCGUCCAGGCCUCUACGAGGAGUCACUGGAAAACAGUGCUUGACCUUUUUCUACCACAUGUAUGGAGCAGGGACUGGCCUCCUGAAUGUUUAUCUGAAAAAGGAAGGCGGCAGUGAAGAGUCUCUCUUGUGGAGAAGAAGAGGUGAACAGAGCAUCUCCUGGCUACGGGCGCUGAUUGAAUAUGGCUGUGAGAGGCAGCACCAGAUAAUUUUUGAAGCCAUUCGGGGAAUGUCACUAAGAAGUGAUACUGCCAUUGAUGAUGUUAAAUUUCAAGCAGGAUCCUGUGCAGAAAUGGAAGAUCAAAGUCAGCAAUCAUCAGGAUAUUCUGAGGACUUAAAUGAAAUUGAGUAUUAA